CUCUUCUUUCCUUUCCUUAUUAUCUGCAUAAUAAGGGCUCUUCGCUAGUCCCCACUUGUCUUGUCUUCUCUUUAUUAAUACUGUCCCCCCACAAUGGCAGUAGAAUCAGGUAGGACACAAUGGGCAAAGCCACCACCUGCGUGCGUUGUAUUACUCGGAGCUUAUUAUUGUCCCAAAGGAAAGGUGCGCUUAAAAUAUGUAUAAACGUCUAUAACUAUCGUUCCUGAACUUGUUCUCAUUCACAAAGGAUGAUCAAGACUACAUUCAGGAAAGCAACAGCAAUAAUCACUAGCAAACAGCUUGCAGGAGCAAGAGGAGCAGAAAGACUAAGACUACCAUGUAGCUGUAGCUACUAUAUGAAAUCCAAUAACAACAAGGUCCGAUUCCGCUCCUCCAUUGCUACUGACACCCCUACUGUACAUUCUGCUCCUACCGUUGUUGACUUUGAACUAUCUACAAUUAUCUACGCGUCACCACCGCUGUCAUCAUCAUCAUCAUCAUCAUCAUCACCAUCACCGACACCGUUAGUGACACCUAUAUCAGCAAUAGAGUCCAUAGUUGAAACGGAAGCAGAAGAGGAAGCAACGCCGUUUUUAGAACAACAGCCAAAGAGAAAAAAGAAGGCGGUAACGCGAAAUAAAAAGGUCAAAGAUGAGAGUGGCACCGCUAUGCUUAUGGAAGAAGGAUCGCCGGGUCCUAAAAAGCCAAAGCAACCCAGGAAGACAAAGUCAAAAAUAACAGAAGAGGAGGGAGAUACUCUGGUGAGCAGUGAUAACAAUACAUCUGUAGAGUUAGCAACUCCAGCAGCGGCAACAACAGCAUCGUCGCCAUCACCGUCACUGUCGAGGAAAACAAGAGCUAGAAAGACGAAAACAAGCUCGAGAUUACUAGAAGAGGGAAAUCUAAAUGCCUCCGUAUCGACGGCAGAACCAUCGGAUAAACAAAAGAAAACAACCCUGAGUGCCACACAGACGAAUAAAACUGCUUCUAAAAAACAAGCGUCGAUACCAUUGUCAGCAGUAGCAGCUACAUCGCUGUUACCGUCAGAACCCAUACUGAGAAGGCGAAGAACCAAGAAGAGGUUGGAUGAAAGAGACUACUUUCCAACGUCAUUGGUUCUGUCGGGACUACAAACCAUCGACACUUCAUUGCCUAUGACCUAUCAAAGUUACGCCUCUAUCAGCAAUGGGACAGAGUCCCCAGAGCUUGAGCCCGCACCUUUUCCAAGAGACAUCCACUCCUCUAUGCCCUACAUCAAUCGCGAUGUACAACAAUGCCGUGCUCAGAACAGAAAUGAUCAAGAGAAUAGAAGCGGUGGCAGCGGCUCACAUAAUGACCUUACAAGUUUUGAAGGCCUUAACCACAACACAGGAAGCACGAUCUAUCGUGGAACAUUAUUUGAGUAUCAGACCCAAGAGGUCCUGAGAAAAUACCUUGGGAUUUAUACACAACGAUCUGCAGGCAAUAAUGAUCUGGGAGUGGACCUGAGAGGCACUUGGUUUUUGCCCUUAAGUGCAUCGCCUGAACCAGGAGAUCUGGUUCGCCAUCUGAAGGUGAUUGUUCAAUGCAAGAUGGUGAGUUCCAAGGUUGGACCCAAGUUUGUUCGGGAACUACAAGGGACCUUAUCGUAUGAGACCCAGCCGACGAUGGCAAUCUUGGCGGUAUCGACUGAUUUUACGAGGCAAGCCUUGCUGCCCUAUGCGAAAUCACUCUGGCCCAUGGGAUUGGUAGUGAUUGAUACAGAGAAGAUGGAGUGUUUAAAGUUGAUGUGGAACCGAGCGGCGGAGAAGGUAAUGCAUGGAGUGCAGGUCGGAACAAGGUGGGUUGCUAACGAUAGCAAGGGACAAGGAGAAAAUGAAUGGGUGAGUCGACCGGUACUUUGUUUUGAAGGCAAAGUCAUCAAGAGGCUACCGGGGCCUUAUCUCAACAUGGGUAAACAGAAAGAUAAUAAUGAGGCCUGUAAAGAUGAUACACAGGAGGCAGGAGACGCAAGGAUAGAAAUCCAGGACCAGAACAGGGACGAAGAUGAGAGGGAUAUGACAAAGAAGGCACCUGCCAUGGCUAUUUCUAAGGUUCCUGAUAGGAAUACCAGUACGGAACCAGAAUAUCUAUACCGGGCUCCAGAUGCUAGUAGUGGAUGGAGAAGUGUAGAGGAUGAAGGUGAUGAUGAAACCCAUACAGCUCCCCACUGUGAUUAUAUGGAUAUGCUUUCUUGGUCAAAGCCUCUCUACAAAGAUAUCAUCCUAUCGUCAACGUCGCCAUCGCCUUCAAAAGUGUCACAUAAAUAAAGUGCAUUCACUCUCAC